GAAUAUCCAAAACCAUUUUAACUUGUGUUUUAAAAGUGUUCACGAAGUCUUCGCGUCCCUCCAUAACUGAAUCAGAAGAGAUUCUGCGCGCGCAUUUCUUUGAUUUUGUCCCAGGUGUCACGUGCUCCAGGUGUCACGAGGUUACGGAUUGAGCCCACCUGCUGUUCCCCGGCAGGAAUGGUCAAACAACAAUUGUUAGUGCCUGAAUCGUGUUCGCCUGAGAUUUCGCUGACCAGGAACCAGAGAGACUAAAUAAGAAGUUGUAAAAUACGGUGUCUUCUGAGAUCUAGCUUUCCCCUUCCCCCUUCCCAUCAUCAGCUUUCCCCUUCCCCCUUCCCAUCAUGGCUACCUCUAUGGACCAGUCCACUCUUCUAGAAGACGAGCUCACCUGUCCCGUGUGCUUGGACCUGUUCCGGGACCCCCACCUGCUGCCCUGCGGCCACAAUUUCUGCCUGCUGUGCGUCCGCCGGCUCAAACGCCAAGCGGAGCGAGGCCGCUUCCGUUGCCCCGAGUGCAGAGAGAGCCACCGCUGCUCCACGGCCUUCCAGAAGAACUUUAAGCUCGCCAACAUCGCAGACGACUUCCGCUGCAGGGGACGGGCAGUAUCGUCAAGACAACAACAACCAGACAGCAGCCCGACAACAGCCAAGACCCCCGUAUCCGUGCCGUGUGACUACUGCUCUCCAGGGGACACUAGCGAGGCGGGGAAAGGGGAACCUGGGGCUGGAGUGGUGGUCGAGGUAGCGGUCAAGACGUGUCUGAAAUGCGAGGUGUCCAUGUGUCAGGAGCACGUGAAGCCCCACCUGGAGCUGCCUGCGUUUAGGGAGCACCCCCUGACUGAACCCCUGGGGGAUCUGAGGAAGCGGAAGUGUCCUGAACAUGAUGAGAUGUACCGCUACUACUGCAUAGACGACCGGGUGUGUGUCUGCAACGCCUGUACCAUCGAGGGGGGCCACGCGGGACACACCAUCAAGACCCUGAAGAACACUAUGAAGGAUCUGAAGGGCUCUCUGGAGAACCAGCUACAGAAGGUGGACAGGAAGCUGAACAAAGCAGAGAAAAAUCUCCAGGAGCAAAAGGAACAAGAACGACUGAACAAGAGGUUCCUGGAGGACUCAGACCAGGGGGUCACAGCCUUGGGAGAGGUGUUACAAGUCCACUUGGAGGGCUUCCUCACCUCCCUCAGGGACUGUUCCUGCUCCCACGGGGUCGAGUGUGGCCCCAGCAUCCAGCGGAACAUAGCCAAGGCGGUCCAGGACCAGUCCCGUCUGCAGGAUGUCCACAGUGGCAUCCAGACCCUCGCCCAGGAGAACGACCCCUUCCGCUUCCUAGAGGCAUACAAGUCAUCAAGCAAAAAUUUCUGCAGGCAGUUGAAGAAGCCUCUGUUCCACCCAGAAUGCGCUUGUGUGGACUCAGACGGCCUGGCCGAGUCCAUGGAGGCUAAACAGGAAGACUUCCUCACUGAAGUACACUCUCACGUCUCUCACCUCAUCAACGAGCUCUGUCCCGUAGUCCGGGAAGAGGAGGAGAGCGGAGGAGAGGAGGAGGAUGAAGAUUAUGACAACAGCAGUGAUGGCGAUGAGCAAGAAGAAGCUGAGGAGGAGAUGAGGAGUGAGGAAGAGGAGGCUGUACACGACCAGAGUGAGUCAUCAGAUGAACUUUACAGUCCCGAAGGGCAGGAAGAGGAGGAGGAGGAGGAGGAGGAAGAAGAAGAGGAGGAGGAGGAAGAAGAGGAGGAGAUUCAUUCAGACUGAUGAAAUGACUUCCAUUUAAGUCUGAUUUUCAGUCAAAAAGUUAUGUAUUGAUGUCAGCGGGAGAAUGUGUGAAAAGGCUACUUUGGAUUUUUCCAUAAAUGACCAAAAUAACCAUUUUGGGAAACCUUUUAAAUAUUAUACAUCAAUCUUUAGAAGAUGAGCUGUUUGAGUGCAUCCCAAAUGGCACCCUAUUUCUUAUAUAGGGCACUACUUUUGACCAGGGCCCUAUAUAGGCAAUAGGGUGUCAUUUGGAACAGAGAGUCUUUUUUUUUUGCUCAAGAUUAUACUGUAAUAACUAUACACUUGAAACUGGGUUUUCAUUCUAACCUCAUACAUUCUUUUUUUGACUAAAGCACUUUAUGUGCCCAACCUCUCUUUUGUAGACCUGGGUUCAAAUAGUAUUUGCUAUAUAUAUUUUUUUUAAAGUAUUUUUUUGAUUCUCAGGAAGAUGUAUUACGAUGUGUUUAUUAUUUGAUGGCACUUUGAUAAAUAAUUAUACAUAAUAUAAAUAAUUGAAAGGUAUUGCACUGACCACUUGCAGAAAUGUAUCUCUUCAUAAACUACAAUGGGCUACCUGACUAAUUAUACACUAUUAUUGCAUUUAGUUAGCAUGGUCCCAGAUCUGUUUGUGCUGUCUUGCCAGCACCAAUAUGAAUGACCAUCAGAGUUGGCAAGACAGCAGAAAUAGAUCUGGGACCAGGCUAGCAUUUAGGUGUUCAUGUGUGACCAGACAAAUGUGAAUUCUGAUUGAUGUGAAUUUUAUACCAAUGAAAGUUAGAUGAUGGAAGACUUGUGGAUGAGUGUAUGAAGCGUGGGUGUGUUUUUCAAAAGCUGUUUGAAAGUUAUGUAAAAGUUGGUGAGCUAUAUGUUUAUCAGUCUAUCAUUUUAAUAAUUAAUUGUUCUUAUGUUAUUAUGUUUCAUCAGUUGCAUGCCUGGGUUGUAUUCAUUAGGCAUCAAAUAUAUAACAGACUGAAACAGAGGGAGCUCUACCAGCACUGGUCCAAUAAGUAGCCCUUGUUGUCGUUUGGAAAAGGUGUGCACUAAUGAACACAACCCAUGUCUCAUGACUUGUAGUUCUGAGAAAUAUUUGAAGGCCUACUUCUAGUGGUUGUAGCAAUAGAUAACUUGUUAGUUUAGACAUGUUUUGUAUCGUUAUCAAUUUGCACAGUUCUGCAAAGAACAUAGUGAAAAACUGCUUUUUUGUCCAGCAAGGGAUUGAAAAAAAAAAAUGUGAUCUGAAAAAUCGAUAAUAUUUUGGGGGGAUUUUCAUACUGGUGAUUUUGUAUGUGGUAAAAUUGUCAUUCUAUCCA